AUCAAAUUAAAGAUCGAUUAUUCUACACUUACCAGUGUGUGUAUAUAUUUAACUAGCAGAGCUUCAGCACCCAAAACGCUUAAGUGUCUUCAGUUCUUACAAUGUCAGAUCUUGAAGCACCCCUGCGCCCAAAGAGGAAAAGGGUGUGGGUUGACUACUUUGUUCAGUUCAGAUGGAUUAUUGUUAUUUUUGUUGUCCUCCCUAUCUCCUUCACUAUCUAUUUCCUCACAUAUCUUGGAGAUGUCAAAUCCGAAAUGAAGUCCUUCAAGAGGCGUCAGAAGGAACAUGAAGAAAAUGUUAAGAAAGUUGUAAAACGCCUGAAAGAGAGGAAUGCAUCAAAGGAUGGUCUUGUCUGCACUGCUCGUAAACCCUGGAUAGCAGUUGGAAUGAGGAAUGUGGAUUAUAAGCGGGCUCGUCAUUUUGAAGUUGAUUUAUCAGAGUUUCGUCACAUCCUUGACAUUGACAAAAACCAAAUGAUUGCAAAAGUUGAGCCUCUUGUCAACAUGGGGCAGAUCACCAGGGCUACCGUCCCAAUGAAUCUUGCCCUUGCCGUGGUUGCAGAGCUUGACGAUCUUACUGUUGGUGGCCUCAUCAAUGGCUAUGGAAUUGAAGGAAGUUCCCACCUCUAUGGCCUAUUCUCUGAUACUGUUGUUGCAUAUGAAAUUGUUCUGUCAGAUGGUCAGGUUGUCAGAGCUACCAAAGAUAAUGAGUAUAAAGAUCUUUUCUAUGCAAUUCCAUGGUCUCAGGGAACUCUGGGGCUUCUUGUCUCUGCUGAGAUAAGGCUCAUACCCAUUAAGGAGUACAUGAAAUUGACUUACAAGCCUAUAGUGGGUAAUCUAAAAGAUCUUGCACAGGCUUAUUCAGACUCUUUUGCGCCCAGAGAUGGGGAUCAGGAUAAUCCAGAGAAGGUUCCGGACUUUGUAGAAGGCAUGAUUUACUCUCCUACUGAAGGUGUAAUGAUGACUGGAAGAUAUGCCUCAAAAGAAGAGGCCAAACAGAGGGGGAAUGUGAUUAACAGCGUUGGUUGGUGGUUUAAGCCCUGGUUCUACCAGCAUGCACAGACAUCACUGAAGAGGGGAGAGUUCACAGAGUACAUACCUACCAGGGACUAUUACCACAGGCACACAAGGUGUUUGUACUGGGAGGGGAAGCUCAUCCUUCCAUUUGCUGAUCAAUUUUGGUUCAGGUAUCUAUUUGGCUGGUUGAUGCCACCCAAGGUUUCUUUGCUCAAGGCCACUCAAGGUGAAGCCAUCAGAAACUAUUACCAUGAGAUGCAUGUCAUCCAGGACAUGCUUGUUCCUCUUUACAAGGUCGGGGAUGCCCUUGAGUGGGUCCACCGUGAGAUGGAGGUAUACCCCCUUUGGCUCUGCCCACACAGGCUAUACAAGCUUCCUUUCAAAACCAUGGUGUAUCCUGAGCCAGGGUUUGAGCACCAUCGUAGACAGGGAGACACACAUUAUGCUCAGAUGUAUACUGAUGUUGGGGUUUACUAUGCGCCAGGCCCUGUGUUGAGGGGUGAGGUAUUCGAUGGUGCAGAGGCAGUUCACAAAAUGGAGCAAUGGUUGAUUGAAAAUCAUGGGUUUCAGCCACAGUAUGCAGUGUCCGAGCUGAAUGAAAAAAAUUUCUGGAGGAUGUUUGAUGCUGAGCUCUACGAGUACUGCAGGAGGAAGUAUAAGGCUGUGGGAACAUUCAUGAGUGUAUACUACAAGUCGAAGAAAGGAAGGAAGACGGAGAAGGAAGUGCAGGAAGCUGAGCAAGCUAUCAUUGAACCUGCUUAUAGUGAGGUUGACCAGCCGAUGGACUGAUUUUGAAGUGAAUUGGUAGGAUUUGUUGCUUUCUCCGUGUCAGUGUUAGGUGUCUUUGUAUUUCCUUUGAAUUGUAAUUUCCCAUGUUAUGCAGUAUCUCUAGUAUCUACUGACAUUGUUUGAGGGUUUGAGUUGUUUAACGGAUUA